AUGGUUAAAAUCGCCAUUGUUGGACUGCUGUCCUUGGCGGGGAUCGCUGCAGCGGCCACCUCUCCAGAUCAGACCUGUGGAGGUUCCAACAGUUACACCUGUCCAGGAUCUCAAUGCUGUAGUCAAUACAACUGGUGUGGAACAACUGACGCACACUGCGGAACAGGAUGUCAAUCCAAGUUCGGCAAAUGCAUAACUGGCUCUAGCAGCAGCGGGAGCGGCAGCACCAGCACUAACGGCAAGGUCAGCUCUGAUGGCACCUGUGGCGGCACCGCGGGAUACACCUGUAAGGGAAGCACUUUCGGAACCUGUUGCAGCCAGUGGGGAUAUUGCGGCAACACAGAUGCCCAUUGCCUCAACUCUUGCCAGUCAAAGUUUGGUGACUGCAGCUCCGUCACCAACGGUGGCAAGACGGUCAGCCAGGAUGGAACCUGCGGUGGAACAGGUGGAAACACGUGUCGAGGUAGCAACUUCGGUGACUGCUGCAGUCAGUGGGGAUAUUGUGGCUCGUCUACCGAUCACUGCAGCACCGGCUGCCAGUCAUCCUUUGGAACCUGCUCUGCGUCCUCAGGCGGAGGGGCUGCAGCCUCUUCUUCAGCAGCGCAGCCUGCAUCCACUGGCGUCAAGAUGAGUCCAGACAACACUUGUGGUGGCUCCAAUGGCUAUACAUGCCCUUCUGGCUUGUGUUGCUCGAAGAAUGGAUACUGCAACACCGGCGACGACUUCUGUGGCUUUGGAUGCCAGACAUCUUUUUCACUAGGGACGUGUUCAACCUGCCCUGGCUCAGCAUGCGCAGGUACGGUGACCAGCAACCCAACUUGCUCCGCAAACAACGGCUACUGCUGGACAUUGAGUUCGAAGAAGUUCCAGAUCAUUUGCGGAAGGCUUGCCUCCGGAGACUAUCUUGGCUACGUCGAUGCCACAAGCUUGGGUGAUUGCAUUUCGAAGUGUGCUGCAAACUCAGCGUGUGUCGCUGCUUCAUUCUAUCAGGGCAGUAGCACAAGCUGUAGUUUACUGAGCAGUUAUCAAGGGUCUGCUUAUGGCAACUCGGCAGGUGGUCAGCAGAACCAUGCUUACGUCCGCGGUUCCAGCUGCGGGUGA